CCAACUGAAAACGUUGUUCAUACUUUCAAUUUGUACUACAAAAAUGUGUGGUGCUUUUCUUGCUUUUCAAACACCGGCAAUAAUAAUAAGCUUUCAUCGCAAAAAUCCUUCGAACUGUUCACACUAAUCUUCAAAGAAAAAUCUUCGAAUCUCUGAAUGAAAACAUGACCGCCGAAAUGGCUGUCAGGCGAAAGAAGAGACAACCAGUUCCAGAUGAAGGAUUUGCUUGGAUUAUUGCCCUCACUUGUUUCUUCAUUAAUUUCUUACUCGUGGGGCUAUCGCGUUCCGUUUCCGUCUUGUACGUUUCUUUGAUUGCAGAAUACCAAGUCAAUCGAGCAUCUGCAUCAUUUCCUUUCACACUACGAGCAGCAGUGAAAAAUACGUCCGGUCCUUUAAUUGGCUUGUUGGGCCAGAAGUAUGGUAUUCGGAAGGUGACCACAGUUGGUGGUUUUGUUGCAGCAUUAGGCAGUAUUUUAUGUUACUUUGCACCUAACAUUUUCUGGAUCACUAUGUUCUGGGGAGCAAUUCAUGGUUUUGGCUUUGGAUUAUCCACCGUGCUUCACAUGAUGAUGAUUGGUCAGUAUUUCGAUAAGUACAAGGCUUCUGCACUGGGCCUUGGGUAUUCGGGAGACUGCUUUGGAACAUUUGGGUUUCCAGUGAUAAUAGAAUUUCUUCUUGCUACAUACGACGUCAAGGGCACUUUUCUCAUCCUAGGGGGCCUCGUUCUUCAUGUCAUCCCUUUGGCACUCAUUCUCAAAAAGCCACCUUGGUUGAAGAAACAGAACAGAAGCAUAAGCAUUUCCAGGAGUAUACGGAGUGAAAGUAAUGUAGAAAAAGUCGAAAAGAAGGGCGAGAACAAGGGCUUCGAUAAUAAAGCCUUUGAAAAAUCUGAGGACGACUAUAAAAGGUUAGAAAAUGUCAAACCAGUAAAUGUAUCAGACAUUGAAAGUUCUAAGCAAAAAGUGGAGGACAGUAAUUCGUACCAUAAAACAACUGUUGAAAACAAAAAGUGCGAUGAACUUUGUCUUUCUAAACAAGAGAGCUUACGUCAUUAUGAAAACAACAUUUUGAAUAGAUGUGAAAAAAAUAUAUGUCGAAGUAACAGUGCUUUGUCUCCCGUUAAUCACUUUUUGCGUCAGCAUGAGUUAGAGCAUCACCGAGACAACAUGGAACGCCAUGGAUCGUUGCCACCAGUUUUUGAAAAAUCAGUCGCAAUAAACCUGCAAGAUGAUCCCAAAAUGUCCCAGAGUGAAGUCCAAUGCGAAGGAAAUGAGGGAACUCAGAGCCCAGCCUUCGAAAGCAAAGGUAGCUUGAGGAAAAGACGAACUUCUAGCUUCAUGGAGAACGUUGCUCAUGAAUUGGUGAAUCGGUUGAGAUCCGCCAGCUUCGCGAGUCAAGUUGCCCAAGAAGGUUACGUUGCAAGCAUGUCUUUUGAUUCACAAUCCCAAAAUGAAGAACCCGUUGAGGAGGAAAAUACCACAGACUAUUAUGAUUCCAUUGAUGGAAACAAUGGUUUUGGACUCUCUUCAAAUAAAGCAAUAGUUCAUGCUGACGAUGCAAAAGUUAAAAAAGCAUCAUUACCCACUAACGCAUUUAAUAAAUCACACAAAGGUCCUAGUACUUCAAAAAUAUUGUUACGUACUAACCUCAAUCCAUUAUUCAUAUUAAUCAGCCUCACAAUGGCUUUUUAUGCAUUCUUAUUUGUUGGUGUUUUGACUAUUAUCAUCGAUUAUGCAGUUGAUCAUGGAAUUUCUCAUGACAGCGGUAAGUUCCUAAUCAUUGGAUUUUCAGUGACAGAUCUGUUUGGUAGACUGACUUUUGGUCAAGUCAUUGAUAGGAAGUUGUUGAAAAUGAAGACUUACGCUGGAAUGACAAUGCUCUUUAUGGGUAUUUUAGUUAUUGUCAUUCCUUUGUACAGUAGCUUUUACUAUCUCAUGAUAUGCAUGUGCACUUACGGGUUUGUGCAAGGAGGAACUGCCAUUAUGUUUCCGAUUCUCGUGACGACAUACAUGAAUAAAAAUCAAGAAUCUAUUGCGAUGGGCUGCUUGAAUUUUUAUGGUGGGCUGCUGAUGCUGGCUUUAGCGCCCAUGAUUGGCUUUUUCCGUGAUAACAUCGGGUCUUACGAUGGUGUGUUUUACAUACUUGGUGGAACUGUAGCAGCUGUGGGUUUGAUGUGGCAGUUGGAACCCUGUCUCCUUCGAUACCAAAACAGGAAAUCUGAAGAUUCCAAACCGCCAUUAUCAACCAAACUCUAAAUGUCAAUCUCAUUGUGUGGCUUUUUAUAUCAGAAUCGCCAUUUUUUCAUUAACAUUUGUACAUAGCUUAUCAUUUGAACUCUGUUUUACUUUCGAAACAUUUCGUCAUGUGCGAUUUUAUGUCAAGAUUUUAACUAAUACAUAACUUAAAUAAUUUCUUGCAGGAAGUAAAACGUUUCCAGUACAAUUUAUUUUACAUUGUACGAUAAUUUGUAAAAAGAUUUUAAAUAAAGUUUUA